UCUAGAGAGGUAAUGCUAAGCACGUUGGUACACGCUCCCACCGUGUGUUCUCCCUCCGGUUCGUCUUCCAACCCUUUGUCCAAGCACAUCGCCACACGCGCCUCCAUGGCCACCGCCUCAGCUCGUAGCUCAGCUCGAAUAGCAAUUGUCGGCGACGUCCAUGAUCAGUGGAAUCUAGAAGAAGAUACGAAGGCACUUGAACUGCUGCAGGUGAUUUUGGUGAAGAGAGCGUUGAACUCGUUCAGAGCGUUGCAGAGCUCGGAUUUGCUAAAGCAGUUAUUCUGGGAAACCAUGAUGCCUGGCAUACAAAACAGUUUUCUGGAAAGAAAAAAGAUGGCGUUCAACUUCAGCUAGAAUGGGAACCAAAAGAAGCUCAAAUUUGGUCAGAGGAGAGAUUUUAGUUUGACAUGAGAUGAUAUCGCUAGUAAACCAGGCUGAAAUGGACAUUAAUGAACAAAAUCAGUCUCGGUGAGGAGCAUGUAGCUUAUCGGUGUUUGGACUUUCCUGUGGUAAAACUGAGCGUUGUUGGUGGGCGACCGUUUUCUUGUGGGGGACAGCAGUUGUUUCGGCCAAAGCUUCUGUCUGCGAGGUAUGGGGUCCAAGACAUGGAUGGAAGUGCUAAGAGAAUAUGCAAAGCAGCUUUGGGUGCUCCAGAGGACCAUUUAGUCAUACUUCUUGCACAUAAUGGCCCCACAGGUCUUGGUUCUAACUUGGAUGACAUAUGCGGAAAAGAUUGGGUGUAUGGAGGCGGAGAUCAUGGUGACCCAGAUCUAGCACAAGCCCUGUCCUUCUUAAAAGAGACCGGAAAAAUCUGUGGUCCAUUGGUAGUGUUUGGUCACAUGCAUAAACAGCUAGCAGAUGGAAAUGGUCUUCGGAAAAUGAUAGUGGUUGGAGCUGACAACACUAUAUACCUGAAUGGGGCCAUUGUUCCGAGGGUUAAGAGACUAAAUGAUGAAUUUGUGAAUAAAGAACCCCAUCUUUCAACACCAGAGUCCUGUGGCACCAUCCGUGCCUUCACUAUAGUGGAGAUUGUGGACGGAGCAGUAGAUAAAAUUGUUGAAAGUUGGGUUUCAGUUGUCGGCGAUAGAAUCGCAUUGGAAGAGGAGCACAUGUUAUUCAACAGCGCCCAUUAGAUUUCUCUGGUUUUGAUUUUAGUAUCAUCCAUAUUUGUAUGUAUGGAAGUACGUUAUCUGUCCACAAUAUCCUGAGGUAAAGGAAAAUAGUUGUUUAACCCUGUUGGAUGUAUAUGCUAUUAGGUUUCCAAACAAAACAAAUCAAGUUUGUAUGAACAUGAAACUCAUUUCUAUAAAAUCUUACUUAUGU